AUGGUGGCCUCGUCCAAGCAGGCGAGGAAGAUGGCGAGCAGCAAGAAAGCCACGAAGGUUCAGAUGCGAGAGCAGAAGAAGAAACAGCGAGAGCAGAAGCAGACGGUGAAACAGCAGACCAAGGCGGCCGGCAAGCUAAGAAAAGUCAUGCAGCACUACGACGCCAACAGCCACAAAGUGGACAGAGACUACAUUGUGGAGAUGCUGGAGGCGAAUCCCAGUUGGGUGGCGAAGCUUGCUUCUGUCAUCAGGCAAGGGGGCAUGAAGAUCCUCAUGGAGUUGGAGCAGAACGAUCAGGACCAGACGGCAGGCCUGGACUUCGGUGCGAAGUGGAAGGGCAGGAAUGUGAAGACUUUGAUGGCCAUGCCACAGCAAGUCAUGGAGAACAUGAUCAUGGCGACCUUGAAAGAGGAUACCGUGUGGCCCACAGACAAGACACAAUUGUGGUGGCAAGCCGCAUUCCGGUACCAGAUGCACUGCACCGACGACACACCCUUGCCCUAUGACAAGAUGAACCGCUACGUCAUGGUCAUGGAAGAAUAUGCAAGAAUGAGGGUGGCAGCCAUUGGCAACAGGCUGGAGGGUUUGAAAAAGAAGUUCGAGACCCUGACCUUGCAGGACUUUGAGAUCUACCACAUUCAUGACCCAGCGACGAAUGUCGAGUUCGGAGAUAAAAAGGAUGAUCCCUGUGUGCUGAAGAACUUGCUUACGAACGAGGAGUACGAGUUGCCGGCCUUGAAGAAGCACCAGGGUGCCUGGACACUGCAGAAUGCCAAUGAUCCUGACACGUUGAUCACAGCAAAAGACUGUCCUCUGCAAUUCAGGGCUGUGGAUUACUUCCCUCGCAUGCCCAAGGCAAGCGAGAAGUGGGGCUAUCUUGUAGAUGCUGCACAGGUGGCCAAGGCACAAUUGGCAGGAGAGUAG